UAAAUAUAACUAACAAAUAAACAUGGAUCUCCUAGGCUCACUCAUUGAUACCAAUCUAAGAAUUUACCCGUCAGAGAAAAUGAUUAAAUUUCUGAAAACAGUACCAUCUUCAGACCAAAUACCGUAUAAUAUUUUGCAGAUAAUAGAACCAAAUUCCAAAAAUAUAUUUAAUAGUUAUAAACUACAGGAUUUUGAACCAGUGCAAUUAAGUAGUUUAGAACUAAAAGAUUUAAAAAAUAUAAGAGAUGGUUUUGAUGAAAUUUAUAACAAUAAGUCCAUUGGGAACCAAACAAAACCACCAAAUGAAAUAGACAGUGAAAUUAAAGAAAAGAAAAAAGUAAAGGAAAAAAAUAAUGAAGAUACAGAUAAUAGCACUACAAUAUCUGAAGGUGAAGACAAAAAUGAAAACACAAAGUCAUCAAAAGAAGGUUUAAACAGUAAUGAUUUUGAAACUACAAAAGCUGGACCUUAUCUAGUAACAUCUGAUAUAGACUGGUUAUUUAUACAUAUCAAAAAUAGGAGAAAUAAUGGCGAAACAGACAUUCCAUAUUUACAUACACUACUUGAAGGUGCAUCUAUUGAAAUGCCAGAAAACGAAAAAAUAAAGAGGAAUCCUGUUUUAGAAGCAAGAUGUGUUAAAUUGAGAGCUCAGCAAGAAGCUCGUGAAUAUAGAAAAAUGACUAAAGGUGUUGAUAAUGUUAGAAUGAGAUUUCCAGAAGACAGUAUUUCAUAUCAAAUGAAACAACUUAAUCGUCAUCUGAUAGCAAUUGGGCAAUUCAUAUUAUCAAUAUUUGCUGGGUUCCUCUUUGGAUUUAGAGGAGUUGAAUGGAUGGUUGGUAAUUUAGAUUUUGGAUUUAGAUUACUUCUGGGUGUUAUGUGUGCCUUAGUAAUUGCUUUGGCGGAAAUUUAUUUCCUAGCAAAAAAGCUUAAUGAAGAGUUAUGUAUUCCUGAGACUGUGCAACUGGGAGGUCCUGUGAAGUUUGCUGAUCAAGACAGUUAUAAUUACAAAAACAAUGAAUCCUUGCCAAAGCCACAUCAGGAUUAACCAGUUUUCAAUUAUAUUUUUGUAACCUAAUAACAGCCAACUAUAUUAGUUUGUAUUAAUUCCUUUUAUAUUUAAUCUAAAAAAACAUGUUUAGGA